AUGGAGAGACGAUACAUCGUCCCUGGUUCCCCAACGGAUACUCUCCUCAGCGUCGUGGAGACUGAGGGCUAUCUAGUCGCAGCCAUAUACGAUAUCGUCACCAACUACCCACCGCGCCACAGAUAUCCCCAGGAAACCCUGCAUGGCCUUUGGAGAGGUCCUACCGGCCUGGCGUAUCUGUUCCAUCGAGUCUCGGUGCGCAGGCCAGAUCUUGUUGUCGGCAGUGAAAGAGGCCUCUACUGGGCCCAGGGCUAUAUCUCUAGAUCUCGCGACCACAAUCUACGCCUCGGCUCUCACGGAUGUGAGCUGCGGGACAAGAUCGAUGGUGCAAUAGACAAAGGACGGAAGUGCAUCUGGAGCCAGGGGAUGUUACUCAAAGAGCCUUCGCUCUAUCACGGCCUCUUCGGCAACGCUCUCCAGCCGCGGCAUUCCUCAAGCCUGGAAACCUUUUGA